AUGUGCGUUUGCUGCGCACGGACUGUGUUCUGGAGAAAGCUCGCCCGCAGCAUUUCUAUACUUAAGCCAGCGACUUCCUGCACAACAUCGAGUGCACGCAUCAAUUCGGUGAUGGGGCUCGAGAUGGCGGACACUGACGAACCUCCACCACAGUACAUGCACAGCCCUCUCGUCAUCAUCCGUCCGUACCUCGACCCGCCACCCGUCAAAGAGGAGCGCAUCUCGAAACAUGGCGCCCUCGUCAUCGUCAAGCCGUACCUCGAUGGCGGGCCGACACUGACAACCGUGAACGUCGCAUCAGCUGUGGCAUCUGAACGCACUCAGUCCAUUGGCCCCGGACAUUCCGACACUACCGCUGCCAGUCACGAGUCUGGCGCCCUUAUCAUUAUGAAGCCAUACCUUGACAGCGCAGGCGACUAG